AUUUCGAUGUUAUUGUUUCGUACAGUUCAAAUUCAGCUGCUGAAUCGUUAUCACUUUUUAUUUCAAAUUUUCCCGCCAGAUUUUUUUUAUCAAUUCAAAUAAAUAAAAUUAAAUAAAGUGAAUUAAUAAAUUUAAAAAAUCAUUAACUGUCAGUAUUAAUGAGGAUAUGCGAAAAAAAAAAUAUUAACAUUACAAAUGAUGUACAGUAAACAAGAACAAUAAUCGUACAGAGAAUCAGAGAAACAUUUAGUUGAACAAAUUGUCUAAACAUCUAAACAAAUGACCGCUAGGCAUGUAAAUAAGGAUCAAGGAUCUUGUCCCGCCUUGUAUCGAGUUACUGAUUUUAUACAAUAUAAGGAAAUGAGACACGAUAAGUGUAGUCAAAAUACUAAAUCACACAUUUAAGUAAAAAAAAAGUAAAUAAAUAAAUAUAUAUAGAUAUAUAUAUAUUGAUGUGAUACGUAAAGUUAAAUAUAAAAACAGGUAGUGAGAAAUUUUAAAAAUAUUUAUCUUGAGUUAAACCGGAAACAGUUUACUGAAGACGACUAAAGUAAUUAUUCAAAAUCAGUAUAUAUUAUUAUAAAUAUUUAAAAUUUAAAAAAAUAUUAAAACUAAUAAUAGUUUUUUUUUAUUAAAGUUUGAAUUAUAAAAAUUGAAUGUAAAUUACGAGUCGUAAUAAAAACAAUGUUGGGAGAGGUGACGUGAAAGAUGCAAUUGACACGUAACACAUUACGUACCAAUUAUAACAUAAUAAUCUCAGUUGUGUUGCUUGUGGUUUUAAUAACAACAACAAGUUAAGUGACCGAGUAAUUGCUGACAUUAAAAUAUUUUUCAAAAAUUGAAAUAAUUAAAGCGAUUUUAAAUUGUCGCGGGCAAGUGACUGUUGAACAUUUUAUUUUAUUUUUUGCUUAUGAAAAUAAAAGUAAAUAGACUGUGAUUGUGAUUUGAAUCGUGGGUGAUUUGAGGCAAUUUUUAUUGGUUGUGUUUACUUUUCGUGGACAAUUGUCUAAGCAAAAUGAAAUUCAUCACUUCAUUGUUCGGGGUCGGAUCCCCGAAAAAAAUGGGCAGACAGUACAUGAAAGUUGGAAGAAAUGCACUUUUUGGUAUCAGGCCUAAGAAAGAUGGAGAGACUAUGUGCACAGAACGUGUUCCACGACCUAUGAAUAUGUUUAUAUCGAAAAAAGGAAAACUGAGGCAUGGUAGAAUUGCUGCUAUCCUAUUUGGCCUAUUGGCAUUAGCUAUUGGCAUUAUUCUUUGUAGUAUACCUUGGGUCGAUUACGUUAUUUUAAGACAAUUAAGGCUAUGGAAUGGCUCACUCUCUUUUCAAUACUGGCAAAAACCUGGGGUAGUGAGGCUUACCAAAGUUUAUAUAUUCAAUGUUACUAAUGCUGAUGAUUUUUUAAAUUUAAACAAGAAACCAAAACUUGAGGAAGUUGGUCCUUUUGUUUACCGAGAAGAUAUGGAAAAAGUAAACAUUGUAUUCCACAACAAUGGAACAGUAUCGUAUCAGCACAAAAAAAUAUUAAAUUUCGUACCGGAGUUAUCUAAAGACAAAGAUCUACGAGUUUUAGUACCAAAUAUUCCACUUCUCACAUUAACAACGCAAAGUAAAAGUUUGCCAAGGCUGCUAAACUUCGGACUGUCAAUGUUUAUAAGUGGCCUGAAUCAGAAACCCUUUGUCCCAAUUACUGCUCAGCAAUUAGUUUUUGGCUACGACGACCCACUGGUCAGCAUCGCUCAUCGUUUUUUUCCAAAAGCGCGCAGACCCAUGCACCAAAUGGGUCUUCUUCUUGCCAGAAACGGCACAUUAGAUGAAGUAUCAACGAUUUAUACAGGACAUACUGAUAUGAAACAAUUCGGAUUAAUAAACAAAUUGAAUGGCUUAGACCGUCUUCCUUAUUGGGAAGAUGAACCUUGUAAUUCAAUAACAGCAUCAGAAGGAUCAUUUUUCCCGCCGCGAGACAGUACAGGUGCAGACAUAGUGCACGUUUGGGACAAAGAUCUUUGUCGAGUGCUACCACUUCAGUACAGAGGACCUGUUGAGAAGGCCGGAAUAAAUGCUGAUCUUUACACGCCAACUGAUGAUGUGUUUGACCCACCGAGUGGUAGUAAGCCUGACAAUGAAUGUUUCUGUCCAGAUGACCCGUCGAGUUGCCCACUCAAGGGUCUUCAGAAUAUCAGUCCUUGUCAAUACAGCGCACCAGUUUAUUUGUCAUUUCCACACUUUUAUAAAGCUGACCAAAAGCUCACAGAUGCGGUCGUGGGAUUGAAACCAGUGCCAGAAUUACACGAAACUUAUUUUAAAAUUCAGCCCAAACUCGGAGUACCUGUCGAAGGAAAAGUACGAGUUCAAUUGAAUCUGAAGGUAGAAAGACAGCCAGAUAUAACAGCAGUUAAAGAUUUUCCGGAUAUCGUAUUUCCAAUAAUGUGGAUCGAAGAAGGCAUUGACGAAUUAACACCAGCAAUAAGAAGGUGGAUAUACUUGGCAACGACAUUCGCGGAUAUCGCAGUGCCGUGUAUAACAUACGGUCUGAUUCUAGUCGGCAUUAUUGUUUUAAGUACGAUGACUAUAAAAGCGUACACUAAUGUUCUUACAACGCACGAAGCCAUCGAACUCGGGAAAAAAACAAUAAGAAGAGGAUCGUCGUUUAUCGUCAACGGACAACAUCGCACACUAGUUGUUAAGGACUCGUACAUUUUAUUGAAUCAUAAUUCCGAGGAUGCGAGACCAAUAGUCGAUGUGUGAUUCAAUAUUUAAUUAAAUUUAUCUCUGUUCAUUAUUGUAAUAAUUAAUUUUUUUUUUUUUUUAUUUUAAAAAAGUGUAUUCUAAGUGAACUAAAAUGCUCAUUGUGCUCAAUAACUAUUUUUUCUAUUAGUCUCGAUUAUUUUUGAGAUAUUUAUUAACUAAGACUUUGGAGUGAAAUAUUAAUAGAAAAGUUUAAUAAUAACGGAUUAUUUUUGAGUGAAAAUAUUAUUAAUGGUUAUUAAUGUAUUAAUUAAUUGAUUAAUUUAGAAUUAAGUUUCGUGACAAAAGCUCUCU